AUGACUGGACCAGAACUUCAAGCCUAUGUUCUUAUGCACAUCAUUGUCUACUCACUCCUCUGGAAAAGCCAAGCGGAGUUUCUGCCUUCUUCCGGUUCCGGCCUGCUGAGGGCACGUUGUGGUGACAGGAAGCUUCUCACGCACAACCUGCCCAGCUCGCAUGUGCAGGGGGUGGGGCCCCAUGGCUUCCCUCUGCACGUCCAGGCCACCGAGGUCCACAUCAAUCCCGUGGAGUUCAACCCCGACUUCCUGGUGUGUAUGAUACCCAAGGUGGAGUGGGCAGUGCUUUUGGAGGUGGCAGAUACCUUGCAUCUGGUCGAGGUGCCCAAAGGGCUGACUGAAGGAUAUGAUCAUGAUGAGAAAUUCCUGAGGCAGAUGCACCAUGUGCCGCUGGAGGAGGACGUGUUGGAGGGCACCUUGCAGUGCCCAGAGUCUGGGCAUCUGUUCCCCAUCAGUCGCAGGAUCCCCAACAUGCUGCUGAGUGAUGAGGAAACAGAGACUUAA